GUGCCGGGUGGCUCUAAUGAGCUAUGACCUUAAGGGUCUCAGCACACAUAUGGGAUCGGAAAGGGAUCGUAACCGUAACGCCUUUCGCCUCGCUGUCAACCAGGCGUCAACCUACCGUAUGCACGUAACGAAAGCAUAUCAGCAGCGCCUGUACGUCAACUCGGCUACGGCUAGGCGACACCGCGCUUACGCCUCGCCGCCCCCUGGCUGACCUGGUUGGCACCAGAUCAGUUUGAAUCCAAACGUUAAGUGUAGCGCACGGUUAUGUCUUGGUUUACAAUACGUGAGUUGGCUAUCAUAGCCAUAGCACUUGAUGAAGAGGAAAAAGAAAAUAGCAAGAAAAAAAGAAAAAGAUAUUGGGUACACAGUAUGAAUAAAGCAAGGAGUACUGAAGGGGAAUUUCGGACUAUAAAAAAACAUUUGAUGGAUGAUGAAGAGAAAUUUUAUAUUUAUUUUCAUAUGCCGAAAUAUCUCUUUUAUAACAUAUUGCAGUCUAUAGAUGAAUGUAUAAGGAAGAAGAAUACAACAUUCAGAGAAACAAUAUCGCCCGAAGAAAAACUAGCUGUAACGUUAAGGUACUUCAUAACUGGAUCUACAUUUACUAAUUUAUCAUCGAGCUUCCGUUUAGGAGAAUCAACUAUUCGUUUGAUAGUAAUAGAUGUGUGCAAUGCAAUAAUAAAUAAAUUAAUGCCAAUUCAUAUACCUCAACCAACUACAGCCACAUGGCAAGGAAUCGAAGAAGGAUUUAAAAAUAAAUGGAACUUUCCGAAUUGCAUAGGCGCCAUUGACGGCAAACAUGUAAAUAUAAUUGCACCUCCCAAUAGUGGAUCGUUGUUUUUUAACUAUAAAAAAACAUUUUCUAUUGUUUUGUUAGCUAUAGUUGAUCCUGAAUACAGAUUCAUAGCGGUUGAUGUAGGAGCCUAUGGAAAAAACAGCGAUGGCGGAAUCUAUUCAUCAUCUACAUUUGGAAAGGCACUUGAAAGAAACACAUUCAAUAUUCCAUGUGACAAACCAUUACCAGGAACUAAUCAUGCAAUGCCACAUGUAUUUGUGGGAGACGAGGCAAAUGCCUCGUCUCCCACAAAUACAUGUGGCAUCUUAAUAAAUAUGUCUUCAAUGGAAAUCCAUUGA